AUGAAGUACUCCUGUGUCCUGCUCCUUUUGGGCACCGUUGCCUGUUUCCUGGUGAGCCUGUCCAGUGCAACUACCACGACCACAACCACGACAGAUGCCACUACCACGACCACUACAACCGCCGCCUCGUCUUCGGACACCACUACCACGACAGCUUCGUCCUCGGACACCACCACUACCACGGAAUCAUCCUCCUCCAAAAAGAAGAAGCACGUGUUCAGCUACAAGAACAAGAGACACGAACCCAAGAAGAAGAUCACCAUCCACAGAAAGAAAAACCGCAGGGACUAA